UCUAGCGGGGGCGGCGGACGUGAGCCUACCCGACCGCGCGCGUCCGACACCGGAGGAGAAGUUGAUCCUCUCCAGCUUGCUUCGGAUCGCUCUCACCUCGCCCGAGAAUUAAAGGCAUUGCUCGGUUUGCAAAAGACGCCUGUGCAAAAAUGCCGGACACCAAAAAAUUCAUCGAGAACCUCUCCGGGGCGGGGAAGUCCAUCGGCGUCCUGACAAGUGGCGGAGAUGCUCAAGGUAUGAAUGCUGCUGUGAGGGCAGUGGUGAGAAUGGGAAUCUACGUGGGAGCAAAAGUUUAUUUUGUUCAUGAGGGCUACCAGGGCAUGGUGGAUGGAGGUGACAACAUCAAAGAGGCGACAUGGGAAAGCGUGUCCAGCAUGUUACAAGUGGGUGGCACUGUGAUUGGCAGCGCCCGCUGUAAGGAUUUUCGUACCCACGAGGGCCGUUUGCGUGCCGCUCUGAACCUGGUGCAGCGCGGCAUCACUAACUUAUGUGUGAUCGGCGGAGAUGGCAGUUUGACCGGGGCUAACCUCUUCAGGGAGGAGUGGAGCGGACUCUUGGAUGAGCUUGUCCAAUCAGGUCAGAUCAGUGAAGAGGCUGCCCAAACUCAUUCUGCGUUGCAUAUUGUUGGGAUGGUGGGCUCUAUAGACAAUGAUUUCUGCGGGACAGAUAUGACCAUUGGCACGGACUCAGCACUGCACAGGAUCAUAGAGGUGGUGGACGCCAUAAUGACCACGGCACAAAGCCAUCAGAGGACCUUUGUGCUGGAGGUCAUGGGAAGACACUGCGGGUAUCUAGCAUUAGUCAGUGCUCUUGCGUGUGGAGCUGACUGGGUGCUGAUUCCAGAAAUGCCUCCCAAGGAUGGCUGGGAGGAACAGAUGUGUCAUAAACUAUCAGAGAAUCGCGCUGAUAAGAAACGGCUUAAUAUCAUCAUAGUAGCUGAAGGUGCAAUAGACCAAAACAACAAGCCCAUAACCACAGAACUUAUAAAGGAUCUGGUGGUGCGCUGUUUGGGGUUUGACACGCGGGUCACCAUUUUGGGUCACGUCCAGAGAGGAGGAACGCCCUCCGCCUUUGACCGGAUUUUGGCCAGUCGUAUGGGAGUGGAAGCCGUCCUGGCCCUGUUAGAAGCGUCUCCUGGUACUCCAGCAUGCGUGGUGUCUCUGUGUGGGAACCAGGCUGUCAGGCUUCCUCUGAUGGAGUGUGUUCAGAUGACACAGGAGGUCCAGAAGGCCAUGGAUGAAAAACGAUUUGAAGAAGCCGUAAAGCUGCGUGGCAGAAGUUUCGAAAACAACCUGAACACUUACAAACUCCUGUCCCAUCGCAAAAUUGACGCUGAACUUCCACCUAGCUCAUUUAAUGUGGCUGUGUUGAAUGUUGGCGCUCCUGCAGCUGGGAUGAAUGCGGCCGUGCGUUCGGCCGUCAGGGUCGGGAUCACCGAAGGCCACACUAUGUUUGCUGUAAACGAUGGAUUCGAGGGCUUCUAUAAGGGACAGAUAAAAGAAAUAAAGUGGGGUGAUGUUGGGGGCUGGACAGGCCAGGGCGGGUCCCUGCUAGGAACAAAAAGAACUCUCCCAGCAAAGCAUAUUGAUAAAAUUGCAGAACAGAUGAAGAUUCAUAACAUUAACGCUUUACUCGUUAUUGGAGGUUUCGAGGCAUAUUUGGGGCUGAUGGAGCUGCAAGCAGCUCGUUCCAAACACGCAGAGCUUUGUGUUCCCAUGGUGAUGGUCCCGGCCACUGUGUCCAACAAUAUCCCCGGCUCAGACCUGAGCAUCGGGGCAGACACGGCCCUCAACGCCAUCACGGACGCAUUUUCAGGUGCACUGGAGAUGGUUCAAGGCAGAGGGAGAUAUGAAGAGCUGUGUAUUCCCAUGGUGAUCAUUCCUGCUACUGUAUCUAAUAAUGUACCUGGCUCAGACUUCAGCAUCGGAGCCGACACCGCCCUUAACACCAUCACCACGACUUGUGACAGGAUCAAGCAGUCAGCAGCGGGAACUAAGCGGCGUGUGUUCAUCAUCGAGACUAUGGGAGGAUACUGUGGCUACCUGGCCACGAUGGCUGGACUCUCUGCAGGAGCUGAUGCUGCUUAUAUAUAUGAAGAGAAGUUUGGCAUCCGUGACUUAGAGAGAAAUGUGGAACAUCUUGUAGAGAAGAUGAAGACCACCGUUAAGAGAGGCUUAAUUCUUAGAAAUGAAAACUGCAAUUCCAACUACACCACUGAUUUCAUCUUCAACCUGUACUCAGAGGAAGGAAAUGGUGUUUUUGACUGCCGUAAGAAUGUCCUUGGCCAUAUGCAGCAGGGUGGCACACCAACUCCUUUUGACAGAAACUUUGCUACUAAGAUGGGUGCUAAGGCUGUUCUCUGGCUGACUGAGAAGCUGAAGGAGUGUUAUAGACACGGUAAGAAUCAGUGCAGUCUGUUAUUUCUUUAUAUUUUAGUCUUCCAUACCAUGACAACACUGUAUAUCAAAAUCACUGCUAAUUUCAAUACUUUUAAUGUUGUUGCAGUGUUUAUCUUGUUGUUACGGGCUGAUCAUUUUGAAUGGAUAAAUCGGAAACUCUAAGGCGAUAUAUAAAAGUUUAGAUUCAGUUAAC